AUGCAGGGGCUGUUUCUGCUGGCGAUUGGGCUUACCAUUGGCAACUUUGUCCUCUCUGCCCUCUCUGCCCUCUCUGCCCUCUCUGCCCUCUCUACCCUCCCUCCCCUCCCUGCCGCUCCCUGCCCCUCCCUGCCCUCCCUGCCCCUCCCUGCCCCUCCCUGUCCCCCCUGCCCCUCCCUGUCCCCUCCCUGCCCUCCAUGCCCCUCCGUGCCCCUCCAUGCCCCUCCGUGCCCCUCCGUGCCCCUCCGUGCCCCUCUCUGCCUUCACCUCCCCAGGUGGAAGCAGGCGACACCAUGUGUGGAAUCGUUGACCGCUACUGCGUGCGAGUGGAGGCAACAAAAGAGGCAAACCAGGAGGGUGGAAGAAGGCGACACCAUGUGUGGCAUAGCUGAUCGCUACUGCGUGCGAGUGGAUGCAAUGAAAGAGGCGAACCAGGAGGGGCUAGUGGAAGAUCCAGAUGUGAUCUUCCCAGGAGACCUCCUCGUGGUGAGACCUGGUGACACUGUGUGUGCCAUUGCUGACAAGUACUGCCUUCACCCCGACACGGUGAUUGACGCAAACGAGGGCAGGAUGGCCAAGGACCCUGAUAUGAUUUUCUCCCCGGCGAUUUGA